AAACUAAAUACAUAAUGAUAGACUUUGCUAUGUUUUUUUUCUGAAAGGUUUUUAUUUCACUGAAUGUAAAGGCAUAGAAAAAGGGUAAGAGUUUAAAUAGUUCAUAAAUCUGAUUAUUGAUAUAUUUUUUUUAUUUUUGCUGUUGUUUUGUUGCUGCUGUAUUGUUUUGAGAUAACAUUUUUACUUUAUCUUGGAAUAACUAUGGGACAUUUUCCUUAACUUUGUUUUUUAAGACAAGUACAAACUCAAAACUGAGAAAAUAUUUGCAAUGAUUUUUAAACUCAAUUGUAAGUGUAAAAGAAUAAUUCAGAUCUCAUUAUGUCUUCUUAUAGUAAUUCGUUUUAUUCACGAAAAUGUACAUGCAAAUUAUUACCAUACUUUUUAUUUAAAUAAAUAUUUAGAUAUGGGCUCGAUAUUUGGAGUACAAAACAAUGUUGCACGUGUCGCUACGGAUAAUUCUUACACCAAGUAUGUUAAAAAAUGUUUUCAACUCUUACAAAAUAAAUACCGAAAGAAUACUGUGUCUGUUUCAAUAGAUACACCAAACUCAGUAAAGAAUGUUACUUAUUUAGGAGUCAUCAACGUGAUUAAAUCUCAUUAUUUUAUCAACAAAACCAGCACAAAACCAAAUAAUGUUUUAUGCAAACGUUUUAUUACGAUAGAGGAUUAUCAAGGGAGAAUUGGAAAUCAAAUGUUUCAAAUUGCCUCUCUUAUCGGGAUAGCAUAUAAGUAUGACAUAACACCAUUAAUACCUGCAACUUUUUCACUGAACACGAUUUUUGAUAUGCCAAAUGUAGAAAACAAUACAAGUACAAUUUCUAAUGUUGUGAAAUGUAAGGAAAAGAAAUAUGCAGUAUAUUAUAACUGCAAACAUGAAAUUGAGACAGGAAAAAAUAUAUCAUUGUAUGGAUUUCUCCAGUCAUGGAAAUAUUUCUAUAGAUGUCUUGACCUCAUUAAAAUUGUUUUUAAAAUAAAACCUAAAUAUUCGAUAAGUGCUCAAAAAUUUCUAUCUCGCGUUUCGUUUAAUGGAUAUAAAAGUGUUUGUAUUCACGUCCGUCGUGGGGAUAUGACAUCUGCAGCUCACCAAAAGAAAGGUUAUACUGUUGCCGGCCUAGAGUUUAUAGAAAAAGCGAAACAGUUUUACAAAUACAAAUAUUCAAAAGUACAAUUCAUUGUAAUAAGUGAUGACAAAGCUUGGUGUAGAAAUAAUAUUAAAACAGCGUAUGUUAGCAAUCUAAGCAGUCCGGCUGAAGACCUUGCUUUAAUGAUAUUAUGCGAUGAUGUCGUAGUUACUUCUGGGACAUUUGGAUGGUGGGGUGCGUUGCUUUCUGGGGGAACAACUGUUUUCUUUGACCAAUUUCCAAGGCAUGGUAGCGUAUUAGCUUCUGGAAUGAAUCGCAAUGAUUAUUACCCACCAAACUGGAUAGGUAUAUCCUAAUGUUGAUAUGUCAUAGCAAAAGAAUAGCUUAUCUUAUAAUUUCUUUUCACUUUAAAAAUAAAGAAAAAAUGACGGGUAUUUAAACAAAUUAUGUUGGGCAUGCGCGAAUUAUUAGUUCUGAUACCUUUUGCAAUUGGUUACCACCCAUCAAGAAGAAAUGCUUGAAUAAUAUUAUGUCAUUUUUAUAUGAUUAAAAUAAUUAGUGAGAUGUAAACAAAAAUUAAAUGCCGGCUUUGACAUCAAAGCUACUUAAGAAAUUUUUAUAUUUUUUCUCAACCAGAUAAUUAACAGUAAAACAUUUUUGUGAGCUGAUAAAGCUUUUAUGUCGAGUAAACAUGUACAUUAUUUGGUAAAUGUCUGUUCUUUAACAGAAAGAUUGCUGACUUUAUAAAAUAGCCUUAUAUUUAUUUUUAGAUGGACAAACCCAGUUAAAUAGUGUGCUUGUUACAAAAUAUAUUGUAAAGUAUAAGCGGUUGAAACAUGUUUUAGCUGAUAACAAACAGUACCAAAAUAUUUAGAUAUUAUUCAAAUAUCAUAUAUUAUCUGAUACAAGAUGUAGUAUAAGCAAAUGCCAUUAUGUAUAUUUGAGCAAGAAAAUUAUAAUGACAUUAAGAAUAGCGUUCUUUUUUAUUGACUUUAUUGACGUCAUUUUUUUUUCAUUCAAACUAAAUAAACAUAUCAAUAGGUUUGUUUUUAUCACUUUACUUCGUUAACAUUCGCCUUCCUGUCGGGCAGCCAAGAGAAAUGUGGUUUCUCUUAGGAAAAUGUUCUUAUAACCAUCGAGACCGAGUAGCAUUUGUAAUGUAUAUAGGCUUAAUUAUAAAUGAAAUUAGUAUCUGUUUCCUGAAUAGCUCAGUAGGUAGAGCGCAGAAAUGAUAAUAUCGAUGUCGUGGGUUCGAUACCUACUAUUGCCACUAUAUAUAUAGAAUAUUCCAGAAUGAACAUAUAUAUGUGCUAAUUUGUGCUAUUGUGUGAUGUUGAUAUAAUGAUUGAGUGUUCUUGUACUGCUAACAUAGGAAUAUAUAAGUUUGGAUUCUGUAAUUUUGUGUGUGAAGUGAUUUGGACAUAUUCUGAUAUUCUGCUGUGGACAUUGGACAUGGAUUAAAUUUGAGAUGUGGACACAUUGAAUUUCGCACUGUGAGUUAAACUUUACGACAUUUGUUAAAAUCUAAUCGUGGAUAUUUGUGAGUUAAACUUUACUUUCAUUUUUUUUUGUAAUAUUGUAAAUUACUGUUUGUCUUA